CCAACAUACAUACGGCAAAUCCACCCUCCAAAAUCGCCGGUCGCAAAAGCAGACUCGUGCUGUGUUGGAUUGCCCCUCUUCUUCUUCUUCUUCUUCUUCCUCCUCCUCCUCUUCGCUUUCCUUACUUCACUCACAUCUCACCGUCCAAUAUCCGUUGGUCCUUUUGUGACACAGUCCCUGGGGGGUAGCUGCGCCCUCGAACCGCAAGACAUCAUCCACUCCGGCGAAGGAAGCCAAGCGGAUUUCAGGACUCCGUACCACCACCACAACCACCACCACCAACCUCGUCCAAGUUAUAUGCGGCCCACAUUCUUUCAAUGUUGUCCAUGCAAAAGACGCCCACCUUCAUCCUGCCCCCAACUGCGAAUCUCAACAACCACAACCCUCAUGGCAUCCAACCCAACCCAACCGUGGACCAUCGCAACUCCACCCGCGCACUGAGUUUGUCGGAAAUCCCCGCCUUUCCCGAUGGCCCAUCCAUGGGCGAUGGUCUCUCCCGCCAUGGAAGCAUCAGCACCGACGGCACCUCCAACGAUUCUCCCGAGUCUUGGGACGGGGAAAGCCACUCUGAUAGCUCUCCCUCGGUCGACUAUGAGAUCAAAAUUCACGACGCUUCGUACCCGUUUGUCGACUCGACGUUAGCCCCGCUCCCUUCCUCCUCGUCCUCUGCGACUGCCACCGCCGCCAUGACAGCCGGGUCAAAACAUUUCCAGGUUAACUACGUUACUUCUAAUAAUAUGAAUGUGUCCAUGGCCGAUGACGUGACCCCCAAGGUCGAAGAGAUCGACGGUGCGGAGGACUUGCGGAGCAUCAAACCCAUCGAGGCGGAGAACGCGAUGGCCUGUGCGAGCAAUCAUCCCAGUACUACGAUACCCACGGCGGCUCCCGUCAAUGUACCACGGAAACGUGGUCGCCCACGCAAACAUCCGCUGCCAGUACCCGGGGGCCAGAUCAAGAUCACCAAGGGGAGAUCCAAGACGGGCUGUAUUACUUGUCGACGAAGGAAGAAGAAGUGCGACGAGACAAAGCCAUCGUAAUUCACCCAACCAUUCACCCAGAGUGUUCGCAUGCGCCGCAACGGUCAGCUAAUUUUGUCUUCCAGGUGUUUAAACUGCCAGAAGAAUGCGGUUGUGUGCGAAGGGUACCCUCCGAAGGAGAUCUGGAAAAGUGGUAAACAGAAGAUGGAGGACGGUAAGACCCUGGAUCUCCUUGGAAGGUGGCUGAUGGACAUCU